AUGAUUGGAAAAGCAGAUUACAAACAACAAAUGCAAUUGUUAUCAGAAGGAAAUAAUCAUCAGUUUUACCCAACUGGUUUGUUGUUUAUUUACUGUGCAAAAUGUAGAACUUUCAUAUUAUUGACAACAUCAAGAAUGUUGUUGCUUUCUAUUUUAUUAUUGCUCACCGGCAUGGUCAUUAUGGCAAGACCACCGAGUCCAGAUGAAAUCAAAAAGUUAGGCGAACAACAACAGGUCAAUUAUUCGAAAGAUGAUUACGAUGUGCUACCGGAUGUAGGCCAUAUUCCGGAAAGUUUCAAGGAGAGCUUGAAAAAACAAAAAACGUUAUAUUUGGAAAUGUUACGGCAACAUAACCUUUAA